GGACGGAACAGCCUUUGGUCCAGCGUGAGAUCACCACCUCUGUCAAAAAUAGACCGGAGGACAGAGAGGGGUCUGGGGCGGCAGCGGCUGACAGACACUGGCACCCAGACAUGGAUGUGAAGGGCGAUGUGGAAAUGUUGGCCUCGGCCAAACAACAAAAUGGAGAUUUAAGUGAGAGCAAAGACAAUGAAAAGAAGAAAGAACAGAGGAUGCCCAUGGUGGGCCCCAUUGCUGUGUUCAGGUUUGCAGACAGCAGGGACGUUGCAUUGAUCUGUAUCGGGACAGUGAUGGCCAUGGUCAAUGGGGUAGUGCUUCCCCUCAUGUGUAUAGUGUUUGGAGACAUGACGGACAGCUUUAUACAGGACUCCGUGGUGUCCCAAAUGAACCAGAGCGAUCCCAGUUUUGCCAACUCUACAGUAGUAGGCAGCACCUUACAAGAUGACAUGCAGCUCUUUGCCAUCUACUACUCCAUCAUGGGGGCCGCCGUGCUGGUGGCAGCCUACAUGCAGGUGUCCUUCUGGACCCUGGCAGCCGGGCGGCAGGUCAAACGCAUCCGCAAGUUGUUUUUCCACUGCAUCAUGCAGCAGGAAAUCGGCUGGUUCGAUGUCAACGAGACAGGAGAGCUCAACACACGCCUCACAGAUGAUGUCUAUAAGAUCCAGGAGGGUAUUGGUGACAAGGCGGGAAUGCUGAUCCAGGCUUACACCACCUUCAUCACAUCCUUCGUCAUCGGCUUCAUCAAAGGCUGGAAACUCACCCUCGUCAUCCUGGCUGUGAGCCCUGUGCUGGGCAUUUCAGCCGCUUUUUUCAGUAAGGUGCUGGCGUCUUUCACUAGUAAAGAGCAAACUGCAUAUGCCAAAGCUGGAGCUGUGGCAGAAGAGGUUCUCUCUGCUAUCAGGACAGUGUUUGCCUUUAGUGGUCAGGAGAAAGAGAUCAAGAGAUAUAAUAAGAACUUGGAGAAUGCUAAGACAAUGGGAAUAAAGAAGGCGAUCUCUUCUAACUUUGCCAUGGGCUUCACCUUCCUGAUGAUCUACCUGUCCUAUGCUCUGGCCUUCUGGUACGGGAGCACGCUCAUCCUGAGUGGGGAGUACACCAUUGGAACUGUGCUCACCGUGUUCUUCGUUGUGCUUAUUGGAGCGUUCACUGUGGGACAGACCUCUCCCAACAUCCAGACGUUUGCCAGCGCCCGGGGAGCUGCACAUAAAGUCUACAGCAUUAUUGAUAAUAAACCAAGCAUUGACAGCUUUUCAGAGGCUGGUUUCAAGCCUGACUACAUCAAGGGAGACAUAGAGUUCAAGAACAUCCACUUCAACUACCCCUCAAGGCCAGAAAUCAAAAUUUUAGAUAACUUGUCUCUGAAAGUGGCGAGUGGACAGACCAUCGCUUUGGUGGGUAGCAGCGGCUGUGGCAAAAGCACCACGAUCCAGCUGCUGCAGAGGUUCUAUGAUCCUCAGGAAGGAUGUGUAUGCAUUGACGGUCACGACAUCCGUUCUCUUAACAUCCGUUACCUGAGAGAGAUGAUCGGAGUGGUGAGUCAGGAGCCCAUCCUCUUUGCCACCACCAUCACUGAGAACAUCAGAUAUGGCCGGCCUGACGUGACGCAGGAAGAGAUCGUACAGGCCACCAAGGAGGCUAACGCUUACGACUUCAUUAUGAACCUUCCCGACAAGUUUGAGACGCUGGUUGGAGACCGAGGGACUCAGAUGAGUGGAGGGCAGAAGCAGAGGAUCGCGAUUGCUCGAGCUCUGGUCCGCAACCCCAAAAUCCUUCUGCUGGACGAAGCCACAUCUGCACUUGAUGCUGAGAGUGAGACCAUUGUGCAGGCUGCACUCGACAAGGUCCGACUGGGUCGCACGACCAUAGUUGUUGCCCACCGCCUCUCAACCAUCAGAAACGCAGACGUCAUUGCCGGCUUCCAGAAAGGUGAAAUUGUAGAGCUGGGGACUCACACCCAGCUGAUGGAAAAAAAGGGCGUCUACCAUACUCUGGUCACCAUGCAGACCUUUCAGAAAGUCGAGGGUGGGGAGGAGGCCGAAUGUGAGCUGUCUGCAGGUGAGAAGAGCCCAUUAGUCAAGACCUUCUCUCAGUCGUCUCUGCACAGGAGGAAGUCCACAAGAGGUUCCUCCUUCGCCGCCUCCGAGGGAGAAAAAGAGGACAAAGAGAAGUUCAAGCGUGACGAGGAGAAGACAGGAGAGGAUGACGACGCUCCCCCCGUGUCGUUCUUAAAAGUGAUGCGUCUCAACAGUGCUGAGUGGCCGUACAUCCUGGUGGGGACCAUCUGCGCCAUCAUUAACGGAGCCAUGCAGCCACUGUUUGCCGUCAUCUUCUCCAAGAUCAUCACUGUGUUUAUAGAGCCAGAUCAAAAUAUCGUCAGGCAAAGAGCCACAUUCUUCUCCCUCAUGUUUGUUGCGAUCGGCGGUGUAUCCUUUAUCACCAUGUUUCUGCAGGGUUUCUGUUUUGGUAAAUCUGGAGAGAUUCUGACCCUGAAGCUGAGACUCAGGGCCUUUACGUCCAUGAUGAGACAGGACCUCGGCUGGUUUGACGAACCCAAAAACAGUGUUGGAGCGCUGACCACGAGACUGGCCACAGACGCUGCCCAAGUACAAGGGGCCACAGGAGCACGUUUGGCCACGCUGAUGCAGAACUUCGCCAACAUGGGCACCAGUGUGGUCAUAGCCUUUGUGUACGGCUGGGAGCUGACGCUGCUCAUCCUGGCUGUGGUGCCCGUCAUUGCAGUGGCCGGAGCCGCGGAGAUGAAGCUGCUCACCGGGCAUGCUGCCGAGGACAAGAAGGAGCUGGAGAAGGCUGGAAAGAUUGCUACAGAGGCCAUCGAGAAUAUCCGUACUGUUGUUUCUCUCAACAGAGAACCCCAGUUUGAGUCUUUGUAUCAGGAAAACCUCGAAGUGCCUUACAAGAACUCCAAGAAGAAGGCCCAUGUGUAUGGUUUUACCUUCUCCUUCUCCCAGGCCAUGAUCUACUUCGCUUACGCAGCCUGUUUCCGCUUUGGAGCUUGGCUCAUUCAGGAAGGAAGGAUGGAAGUUGAGGGGGUUUUCCUUGUGAUUUCAGCCGUUCUGUAUGGUGCCAUGGCUGUCGGAGAGGCCAACUCCUUCGCUCCAAACUAUGCUAAGGCCAAACUGUCAGCUGCCCACAUCAUGAUGCUAAUCAGCAGAGAGUCCGCCAUUGAUAAUCUGUCACAGGAGGGAGAGUCACCGGAGAAAUUCGACGGCAACGUGUGCUUCGAUGAUGUAAAGUUUAACUACCCUUCACGCCCUGAUGUGCCCAUCCUCCAAGGGCUGAACCUGAAGGUGAAAAAGGGAGAGACUCUGGCCUUGGUGGGGAGCAGUGGCUGCGGCAAGAGCACCACCAUCCAGCUGCUGGAGAGGUUCUACGACCCCAGACACGGGAGAGUGGAGCUGGACGGUAUAAAUAUAAAACAGCUGAACAUCCACUGGUUGAGAUCCCAGAUAGGCAUCGUGUCCCAGGAGCCCGUGCUGUUCGACUGCACCUUGGCCGAAAACAUCGCUUAUGGAGACAACACCCGCACUGCGAGCACUGGGGAGGUAGAGGCAGCAGCUCAAGCGGCCAACAUUCACAGCUUCAUCGAAAACCUGCCACAGAAGUAUGACACUCAGGCAGGCGAUAAGGGAACACAGCUGUCAGGUGGCCAGAAGCAGCGUAUUGCCAUAGCAAGAGCCAUCCUCCGCAACCCCAAAGUGUUGCUCCUGGACGAGGCCACCUCCGCACUGGACACUGAGAGUGAGAAGGUGGUGCAGGAGGCGUUGGACCAGGCCAGGAAGGGCAGGACGUGCAUCAUUGUGGCCCACCGUCUGUCCACCAUCCAAAACGCCGACCGCAUCGCUGUCUUCCAGGGAGGAGUGGUGGUCGAACAGGGGACACAUCAGCAGCUGCUGGCCAUGAAGGGAGUCUACCACAUGCUGGUCACCAAGCAGAUGGGCAACAGCAGCGAUUGAGAGGACACAGGGAGCAGUACCACACCCGAUGUUUUUGAUGUUUGUCUUUCCAGAGGGAAUGAUUUUACACUUGUGCCUUUUACCAUCAGCUUGCUGCUUCACAUUCAGAUAGACUCGACAGCUUCAGUGGAACAGUUUGGGUCUGAAUGUGUUUUCAGUCAAAACUACUACUGUUCAAUAGUUGUUAUUGUCAUGGGCCUUUUUCAAAAAAGAUAUUUUGCAUUGUGACCAUAGAACAAGCAUGAGUGUAAAUAAUAAAACGAAUGAGUGAAUUCCAUUUAGCUGCUCCAGUUUCAGGGUGCUGGUGUUUUGCACGAUGGCCCACUGUCACAGCCUACUGGGACACUUGAAUGUUAUUAGUAAGACUUCUGAUUUCCCUGCUAUGAUAAGUCAAAAUGUUGGCUGUGAAAAAGGCCCACUGUAUUGUGUCCCAUGUUUUCUUUCUUCUCCUUGUUCGAAAAGGUCCAUUCACGUUUGGUGCCACCUUCUGUUAACUGCAAAACACUUCUGACAAAUGUCCUUUGAAAAAACACUGGAUUUAUGUAUGGCAGUGCCUCUAACACUGGGAUCAUCAUCACAAAGAAGUUCUACAGUACACGUAUUUAGGAAAUUCUUUGAUAAUUUAUUGUAAUCAUACAGCUUCUGUUUUCUACUGUUUGAGUUCACAACUGAGCAAGUGCCUGAACUGUUUAACCCAGGAAAAUAUUGUAUACACAGGACUGUGCACAUUUCAAUUUUCAGUCACGCACUAGAAAUACUGUUUUGUUUCUACAAAUGCACAAAAUUACUAACUUUUGUGGAGAAUAUGCUUGUAUGUAACUAUUAAAGUUUUAUAUUCAA